AUGGAUUUCUUACGGCAGCUCGCCGUCGACCUCAACGCACUGCGUACUGAAGCCAAGCGUAAAUAUCCAGUCGUGAAGGAAGCAGUAGACCGUGCACUGGAGACACUCCCAGCUUUACAGCAUCAGUAUGCGACGUUUCUACGCAUGGAAGAACGUGCCCCAGGACCAGGCCACAGUUUGUUUCAGAGUGAGAGCGUCCUACGUCCUUUUCUACUAGCAUGUAAUCAUACAAAUGCGUCACAUAAGAUACUUGUACUGGCAUUGUCCAGUAUCCAGCGUCUCGUGAGCUGGGAUGCUAUUGAACCUGCUAGUGUCGGCAGUAUCCUGCGCGUCCUGCAGAUUCAGACCGAGAAAAAUGCUCAUGCUGAUGUUCAGGUCAAGUUACUUCAGACAUUGCUACAAUUAAUGACAUUAGCUUAUGAGGAGAAGAAAAAGGGAGUAGGGAGACCCUUGACACGGAUUACAAUGUCGCAGGACGGCGAGACUUUAGCGGGUGAAUUAGUAGGGAAUAAAGAUAUGGUGAUGAAGGCCGUAUGGAUCUGUAUGCAUCUUCACGCAGCAAGUAGCAGUGCCAGCUCUGUCGUAGGAAAUACAGCCGCAAUGACCAUUCGACAAUUAGUUUCACUGGCGUUUGGAAAAGUAGAUUCAAGUCCAGAGGCUAAACAGGUGGGAGUGUUGCUGUUUCAGGAGUUGUGCUGUUUAAGUCGAGAGGAGAAUGGGAUGUGGUUGAAGCGGACAGCGACGUCGUCAAUGAGUGCUGCAUUAGGUGUUGAAUUACUCGAGACGAUCUUGGCAUCCCAUUAUGACCUCUUUCGAUUCGAUACCGAGUUCAAGGCUGUGUUAAAACAACAGAUGACUCCGUUGGUGCAAUCCGUGCUCGAAAUGGGCUGCAAUGACAAGCAUGGUGGGUCUGCAGGUUCAGGUAUCACGGGCCCAGCGAACGCGUCAAUCACUAGCAGUCAGACAAACGGUGGAGCGGGUCCGUUCUUCCCGCUGCUUGUUCGCGGCAUGCGACUUGCGAGCACACUACUGUGUCAUUUCGCUGAUUGCCUAGAUGACGAGUGUGCUGUGCUUGUGCAUGCGUUGCUAGAAAUUAUUGCCACUGGAACGUACACAACUCCAGCUACGCCAAAAGCACCAGUAAUUUCGUCCAAGUCACUCGACUCGAAAUUUCAUGCGGCGAAUGCGAUUGCGAAUUUCAAGGAUGCCAAAAACUUUUUGACGUACUCAAGUUUAUCGAGCUUGAGUGCUUCCAGUGCAUCUGGCGCUGCUGGAGGAGGCAUUAAUUUUGUUACAUGGCCAGUUCUGCUGUCUCUGGAAGUUAUGAAUCGUGUUUGUCUGGAGCCUGACAUGGUUGCUGCAAUGGUGAGCUACCCUAAUGGGGUGCUAGUUGCUAUCACUCGCACUACGUCUUCUGUCAUCAUGACAUCAUCUCCAUCAGAUUUUAAGCCUCAAGGUUUGGAUGCAACUGCACCUCGUUCGGGCCUUGAGCUGCUAAACGAGCAAGAAACGCCCACACUCCAGCAAUUUUACAUUGCUGUCCGUGUUGCUUCUUCGUGUCAGUGCAAUAUGGCAGCCUCCAUUUUUGAGCUGUCAAGAUCCACAGACAAUGAAAAAGAGUGUGAAAAGCUUGCUAAGGCAUGCGUUGCUGUAGUAGCCCCUGCAGUAAUUCAGUCUAUGAAUUGCGUGAUGCGGUACUGCCGCGAGGUGGACCUUGUCACCAUGUCUCUCAAAUCAUACCACGUGCUGGCUACGAUUGCGUCACGGCUUCGAUCAAAUAUGCACAGCCAAACCGCAAGAGAUGCAUGGUGUCAGCAAAUGGGUGAGGUAGUUGUAACCUGCUUACGAGCUUUAUGCGGUUUUUCCUUUCCGUUGCCGGAUGGUAUUCGAGGAAACUCAAAGGGGUCCAUUUCAACGACUGGCUCUGGCAGCGGUGGGUCUGGCGAUUAUCCAGAUGAAAUAGUGGCAGACGACGGCGAAAGCUGUCUCGUGAUAAUUAGUUGGCGCGAAGUGCAUGCGAUGAAGGCACUUUUUGGUGCUGCGCACGUUAUGUGUGAAGAGCUUUCGCCGAUAGACUGGUGCGUGUUACUGGAGGGCUUUGAGAUCGUUGUGGGUCUUACGAAUCCGAAGCUAAAGAAUGGGCAACAAAAGUUACCUACUAAGAAUUACCGUAUCAGCGCUUUCCGAGUUGAAGACGAAGAUGUAGAGCAGCAGCUGAUAAUGCUGAGUAAUUCGAUUCUUGAUUUUUUUCGUGAUGCGCUCAAGCUGAGCAGUGCUGCACUGCGUAAGCUGCUAACUGCAGUUCGAAGGGUUUCUUGGGAUCAAGUUGGUCUCCCGGUGCCGAACAGAGAAUCAGGUCCGGCUUCUGAAUCUGCUAGCAUUGUGUUGUCCUGCGAUGACUGGACAAUUGUGGAUGAUGGUAACACAUCCAGUCCCGCAAGCAACCACCAUAUGAGAAUCUACCAGAGCUACUUAGGUGUUGGUCUCACUGGCUCUGGUACUUUCAUGCCAUGUUUCGCUUUACGCAUGCUGACUCAGCUAGCGUUGAGUAGUAAGCGAUGCUUUGAGGAGGUUAUGCGUGAGCUGGUUCUCAUGAGUACGUUUGAGCCGCAGGCUCCGCUAACGGCAGCCAAAUUCCCCCAGCUAGGCCAAUUCCAGGUCUUCACUACGGACAGUAUCCUGCAACUCAUGCAAAACGCUCUGCAACAUGUCGUCAAAAGUGCAUUACCAACCGCGAAAUCGGCAACGAAAGGUCGCGAAGGUGUCAGAAACGAAGAAGUUCUUACAACACCGCAUGAAUUUGAUCAGCAAGAACUGUUCAUGCCACUGCUGAUAUUGGCGCGGUCGGACAUGAAGGACCGAGCAUUGACUGGCCUGCUUGAAGUGCUUAACGCUUGUGGUCACCUUAUCAGCAGUGGCUGGCCGCUUAUAUUAGCUGCAGUGCAGGAAGCUUGUGAGACCGAAGACGGGAAGACACAGGUACUUGCUUUCAAGUGCUUGCGCCUCAUUGUUGACGAUUUGGUGGUGUCAAUUCCCAGCUGUUACCUUCCAGAUUGCAUCGAGUGCAUUGGACGUUUUGGCAGUCGUGCAAAGGAUGUUAACAUUAGUCUCACGGCUGUGAACGAGCUUUGGAGCGUGGCUGAUGUGAUUGGGAAACAGAAGGCCGACGCCGGUCAGCGAAAACAAGGCCAGUGGGGGUACAUUUUUGCUGAAUUCAGCUCCGUAGCGUUAAACGACCGAGCUGAGGUGCGGAACAGCGCGAUUAACACGCUUUUUGGAACGGCAGUGACAUAUGGUGCUCAAUUUGAACUAAGUGAGUGGCAACUGUUCAUAGAGUCGACGGUUCUGCCGCUUGCUGCAAAAUUGUGUGAGACGCAGAAAAGAAAGAGCUCGAGUUUGCUUGAGAAGGAUGAGCCGAAGGCGUCUGCCAACUACAUGCUUCAUCACUCACGCGACAACGCCGAGAAGCAGUGGAACGAGUCUCGGGUGCUUAUGCUGACUGGCAUCAGUCGUGUACUGGAGACGAAUUGGCACUACCUGUUGCAGCAUUCGUCGUGGCAUGCCUCGAUGUGGAGAGAGCUACUUCAGCAUGUAGCACUGAACAGUGCUUUUGGAAUGCCCAAGGAAGUUGUGCUUGCGGCUGUCAAGACGCUCCAGACACUAUUGCAAAUCUCGUCGGCAGGAGAUUUUGACCACAUUGCACAGUCACAGCCUGUUCGCGUUGCGUUUCGUGAUCCUGCACUUUGGGAGAAAGCGUUCAGUCAACUAUUGCGCCUGUGCGACGAGAGGCAAAUUGCUGCCCAGAAGGACAAGAGCCCUGUUCUUUCCUGGAAAGAAGACGAGGAGCAGGAGAUUGCGAGCGCAGUAGUGAUGGUGCUGGUAACGCUUUAUACGCAGGCAAAAGAGUACGAAUUUAAGGAUGUGCGCAACGUGAAUAAAAUGUUGGAUCUAUUUGCAGCGCUGAUCUCACGCCAUGUGCUAGGUACGCCUACAAUUGGCAACGGAGCAGUGACCAGGGCGAUCACCAACAUUGCGACAAACAGCUUACAGUCGCGCGUGCUAAACGCAUUUGAAGAGUGUGGCUCAUUUGCAUCUCAUCCAGAAGUUCACACAAAAACGUUGGAUCACCUUGUGGGGUAUGUAACACAAUCGUCGGCUAAGGAUCUUGUUUUCUUCACCCGCCACGCACUAACUUCAUUGGCAAAGCUGUACGCGAGCGUAUCAAAGGAGGCCAAAGAGAAACGUUUUUUGUCGGUUCUCUUCUGCAUCCAGCCAUUCUUAAAGUUUGACACAAGCCACACGACGCCAGAAUCAAGCCCAGUAUCCGAGUCAUCUAACAAGCCAAUGACAGCUGCGCAGAAAGCUGCGACACAGUUGUGGAAGCACGCUUUGCGUGUUCUCUUGGUCGUUACUUCAAAUGGGCUUGUGGCUGUCCGGCUGGCCGAAGCUUGCUGGAGGCCUUUGCUUGAAACCAUCGCAGAUUUUAUCCAGCCAAAUGAGGGCAGGUUUCCGUCGUGUGUGCAGUCAGAAGAGGAUGAGGUGCUGGUGCUGAGCGUGCUGGAGUGCGUGGUGGACAGCUCCAUCGCGCUGCUCGGCGAUGGCAGCGGCAUCAAGUCUCAAGUUGGACACCAAUACAAUGCGUUUACUGGCGAUUUAAUAGCACUGCUGUGCUCAGGUAUGGACGCAGCCAAGCACAACAAAUUUAUCUUUCGAUGCUACGUACGGCAGCUGGCCACAAUGUGCAUUCAAACGGCAGACCAGGAGCUGGCAUCGGUCGCAGGUGCCCGAUUUGUUGCGUGCUGCAACACAGCCUUGGUGUGCUUUGCCAAUUUAGACAGUUCUACGCUCUCCAAACCCCAGUCUGUAGACAUAUUGGAUCAAACAUCGUCAUCGUCAUCAACGCUCUCAGGGGUUGAUACCCAUGUUGUUGCAGCUCGCGAGAGGGUGGUAGUGCUUUUAACAAGUGCAUUGGAGGUGGACAUGGAGCCGCGUAGCAUAAUGGAGAUGUAUACAGCGCUAUGUGGCUGCAUCUCAUCUUCCAAUUUAGAGGUGCGCCAGCUUGUGCAGCAGCUGCUCCUGAGUGGCCGGCUUCCUGAAUUUUGCCUAGAGCUCAUGGAUUCAUGGGAACGUCGGUCUCAUUAG